UGUUGUUAGCUAGGAGGAAGACAUGGAGGGUUCAACGCUGACACAGAGGAGGGCUGAGUGUCAGUUGAAGGAAAGGGAGAUCCAGACAGACUACAUGAUGGAGCUGGGAGCCAGGUUGGCUCUGGUGAGACAGAUCCAGAGGGAGCAGGAGAAGGAGAUGAAGAGGAUUUGGUUUGAGACAAGGAAAAUGCCAAGCCUGAUUGAGGAGAAUGUGAGAGAUGUGACCAACCGUCCACUCACUGAGUUCAUGGCUCCCUGUAUUGACUCCCUCCCACCACUGGCUUUCACCAAUCGGAGGCCUAUACCAACCAUGUUGCAUCCCCCCUCUCCAUUGGCCAUACGCACUCAGGAUGCACAGCGGUUCAUUGUAUUUUCCUACUUUGUCCCUGCUGAGUGCCCAAUUUCCACAGAGGCCACUGCAGAUGUAUCUGCUGAUAAAAGAGAGGACUUGUCGACAGAUACACAUCUAUCCUCAAUGCUGCAUCGAUACCUGCCACACUUCUUUAACGAUGACUCCAUUCUACCACAGCAGACAGUAGAGGGAACCACUGAGGACUCAGAUGCUCCAGUGGCAAUAUCUAAUAUCAAGGAAGAGGACAGAUUCUAUCCGUUCUCCCUCCCACCACUGGCUCAGCGGCUCAUUGGCAAUUCAUUCAAUGUCCAGGAAAAAUCCCAGCUUGCUGUUUCAGCCACGGAGUGCCAAGUUGCCACAGUGGACACUGCAGGUACAGCAACUGUCAAGAGAGAGAACCGAUGGGCAGCUAGAAUUCUUCCUUCAGUGCUGCCUCCAUGCCUGCCACCAGUCGUUGACGAUGACUUCAUGCCUCCAGAGCACACAGUAGAGGAUGCCUAUGAAGUCUCAUUUGCUACAGAGGCCACUUCAGGCACAGCUACUGUUGAUGGAGUGGACAGAUCAGCAGCUAAAUGCCCUGUCCCAAUGCUGCCUCCAAGUCUGCCACGUGUCUUUGACAUUGACUACAAACUGCCAGGGGCGGCAGUAGAGGGAACCAACAAAUGUCCAGUUGCCAGUGAAACAACCAAUGAUGUGUCCACUCACCUCAAAGAGGACAUGGCAGGUGAUCAAAGCCCUCCUGACCCUGCAGCACUGCCUCCAAGCUCCCCAUGUAUCCGUGACUCUGACCACAAACUGACCAAAGAGGAAAAAGAGGAUGUACCCGAGUCCUACGUUGCCACAGAGAUCACUGUAGGCACAUCCAUUGUCCAGGGAGAGGACCUGGAUAAAAGCCCUGCUCCAAGCCUGGCAUGCAUCCAUGACAAGGACCACAAGCAGCCAGAUCAGAAAGGAAGGGGCACUACUGUGGAGGUGGAUAUCUGCCCUCAUGCUCAACAGCUGGUCUCAGAUGCUAAAUUAACUCUGGCAACCCGCAAUGAUGAGCUGCCCACCCCUCUGAUCUGCGUGGUCACUAAGAUGCCUGUUAGAGUUGGAGCCUCCAUAUGCAGGUCAGAGGGUGAGGAACCCAGGCCCUGGACCCUGGAAGAGGCAAAGGAUUAUUGGAUAGGCAUUGAAAAUGAGAGUGAAGAGAGGAGCGUCACUGAGGAGGUGAGCCCGAGGGAGGGAUUGAAGAGUGAGGCGGACUGUGUCCAUUCCAAGUGCUCCAAUGGGAUGGUUUCAUCAGAGAGAGCAGAGACCAUCCUGGGAAGAGUGGGCUUUCUCCUCAUGAACCAAAGGCAGAAAAUCCCGUUCCUGAAGAUGGAGGAAAAAGAGAAAAAUAAGAAACUGAAUAAGAAGUUGAAAGAUAAAGAGAGAAAGGAGAUGAAACACAAGGAGGAGGAGCAAAAAAAGAGGGAGAAGAAAGAGAUGAAGGAGAGAGAGAAAGAGCAGAAGAAAGUCAUGAAGGCUGAGAAGAAGAGGGAGAAUUUAGAACAGAAAAAGAGAGAGAAGGAAAGAAUAGAGAAGGAAAGGGCAGAGAAAAAGAGGUUAGAGGGGCUGAUGAAGAUACAUAAUGACAUGAUGAAAGACAGGAUUAAGAAAGAGAAGAAGUGUUCUGAGGAGCUAAAAAAGAGAGAGAAAGCUCAAGCUGCAUUCUUGGAGAUGGAGAGAAAGAUUCAAGAAAAGGAGGAGAAGAAGAGAGAAAAGAUGAGGAGAGAGGAGAGGAAGAGACUGGAGAAGAAGAGGAAGAGGGAGCCAGCUGGAGGUGGAACUGAGACGGUGAUAGAAGAGCAGGGAAGGGAUGAAAGCUUGAAGAUGGAUGAGUAGACUGGUUAAUAGAGAGUAGGGAGGGAGGAAUAUGGUAUUUUUGCAUGCAAUGAAAGAA